CUUGCCAAAUUUCUGGAAGUUACAAUUACUAUUCACUGCGUAAUUACUGUUCACGGGUACUGUUCACGAGUGGUUACUAUUCAUACACUGAAUUUCAAUUAUUUGGAGUAGAAAAUCUCGUGGAAUACGUUCUUGAUUAUUCUGUUACCCUAGCACUUGGAGUGAGUUUUCUGUGUUAUGCAAUUGAGGUAAGUAAAUUAUGGUAACGCUCUCCGAUUUUGAAGCACAUUUCAGCUUUUUUUGAAGUGGUGGCGGGACUAAACCCGUUUUACAUAAGUAUGAUCGAUUUGAAAUGAAAUUAUUAUUCUUUUUAUUGAUUUGAGUAUGCCUUCUUGGAGUUUACUUAAUUGCCCUGAUGAUUUGGAAAUUAUUUGUGAAUUAUGAUUUUCCUGUUAACUUCUGCCUAAUUUUGUCUCCAAUAUGGUCAUGUUAUUUGUGUGCCCGCUAAUAGGAGAUUUAUAAACACUAGCACAUGUCGACAUGUAUUUCUGUAAAGCCGGUUCCUCUUGCUAGUGGGAGUUGUUAAACACUGGUAUUUCUGUAAUCCUGCUAGUGGGAUUAUACACUAGUAAAUCGUAUGCCUACCAAUGGGAGGAAGGGAAGUCAAGGACGGGGAAAAGCAAGGGGAGUGACGAGUUAGAAGGCUAGGCAUCUUGUAAAUUGAACAAAGAUUUUAGAUAUAAAUCAUGAUCUUGUAAGCUAGACUUUAUUUGGAGAUUUUAUGAUAUUAGAGCAAAUUUUAUAAUUUUAUCUUUAGAUUUUGUGGUAUCAGAUUGUGAGUGUAUAAGGCAUCAAUGCACUCGUUCAUUCAUUCAUGAUCCAUAUAUCCAUUGGAUGCUUAUCCGUCUUUGAUAGAGUUCAAAGUUCUGUUGUAUUCGUCUUUAAAUCCAUGCCAUUCUUUGCCAACUCAUCUUGUGUUGGGUUCAUAGCGCAACCCCACAAUUGGGGAUGAAUUCCGGUAGCAUUAGAACAAAUUUAAGCAUUAAUUCAUGUAGAAAUUAUCUUGAUUGGCUACUGUUUUUGUCUGGAACUAUCUGCUGUUUGUGUCCAGAAAUUGUACUUGUUGUGGUGUAGAAUUUUGCUGCGUUUUCUGCAAAUACACUACUAUUUUUCUCUGCAGUUUGUUGCUGUUUUUACUGCUGUUUACUAGAAAAUCCUGCUGUUUUUCCCAUAAAAUUUUACUGUUCAUGCAGGAAAUUAUGUUGUUUUGUUGUUGCAUUUUUCUGCAAAAUUUCUGUUGUGUUUUCUGCAUUUGCUGCUAUCUUUCUGCAAAUUGUUGCAGCAUUUUUCUGCAUAUUCCUUACAUUUUCCUGCACUGUUAUAACCCUAAAAAGUUCUACAUUUUCCUGCACUGUUUUUAAGCCAAAAAAAAAAAUUAUGUAUUUUCUCCAAGAAAAUUUUGCAUUUUUACUGCAUUUUUCCUUGCUAUUUUCUGCAUUAUUUUUCCUUAAGAUUUUUCUGCUCCUUGCCAAAUUUCUGGAAGUUGCAAUUACUGUUCACCGCAUAAUUAUUGUUCAUGGGUACUGUUCAUACACUGAAUUUCAAUUAUUUGGAGUAGAAAAUCUCAUGGAAUAUGUGAGUUAUACAUGUUGAUAUAAAUGGUGUCAUGAUUAGGGGGUAGUCAUGGUGGUGAUCUCUUUUGGAUCCAUGGUAGUAUGGUUAUUAAUUCUGGAAUGUUUUGGUUAGGUUCUUGAUUAUUCUAUCACCCUAGCACUUAGAGUGAGUUUUCUGUGUUAUGCGAUUGAGGUAAGUAAAUUAUGGUAACGCUCUCGAUUUUAAAGCACAUUUUAGCUUGUUUUUGAAGUGGUGACGAGACUAAACCCGUUUUACAUAAGUAUGAUUGAUUUGAAAUGAAAUUAUUAUUCUUUUUAUUGAUUUGAGCAUGCCUUCUUAGAGUUUACUUAAC